UAAAUUGCACUAAUUUUUCUGAUGGCGUCAAUUGGUUAAGCGGAACGCUCGUUCCCUCCCCGAGUCCCCGUCUCUCUCUCUCAAUCCAUUUCCUGCGAUUAGAAAUCCUAGGUUUCUCUGGGUUGAUCUGAAUGAGUAGUUCGUCUCCUCCUCUUCCCUUUCCUUCGUCGGCGGCGGUGGAGGAAGUGGUGAGGAGAGAAGUGCCGGAUUGGGACGACGAGGUGGCGUCGGCCGCGCGCUUCAAGGCCUUCAGCGGCCAGCGGUCGGAUUGGGAGCACCGCUUCCUUAUCUGGAGGGAUCUCAUCCUCAAGGUCGCUCGUAGCCUCGGCCUCUGCGUCGUCCGAUCCUCCGAGGUCAAGAAUGUUUGGUUUGCUCGUGGAGGUCUGACCCCCUUGUGCAUGGAUAGGGUUUUGCAUGAAAUGCAUAUCAAUGGUGAUAUCUUAUUAAGAGGGGAUCUAAUUGAUCCAACAAGUGGGCAUCUAUAUCAGAUGCUUAGAAGAGUGGGACACAUGAUAGGUAUCUCCAGAUCAUUGGCUUUACAAGAUAACUUUGAAGAUCUUCUCAUCUUAAGGCCAUUGCUUCAGGAAAGAGCUGCUGAGAUUAUUAAGAUUUUAAAUGAGAACCAUUGGACUUCUGCUUGUGUUAUUACAAUCGGGAAGUUCCAGAGCAUCUGCAAGGGAUCUGAUGAAGCUGCCACAAUCUUAAGUUUUCUGUGUGAAUGUGGGAAGGCACGAUACCUCUCGAUCAGAAAGGAAGAUUUUAUUGAGGGUGUCAAACUGUCUCUCGUGCCAGUAUCUGUUUCCAGCAUCUCAAGGCUUGACUAUGAUGCUUUGCACUUGAAUUGGACAACAGAAAAGUUGCAGCAACAACUUGAUGUGAUUGAUCGCCGUUGGGAGAUUUCAAGAAAAAUGGCAUUAGCUUCCUUUAAAGCAGGGAAUAAACAAACUGCUUAUAGGCAUAUACGGCAGUCCAAGUUAUUAUCAGAAAGCAGGGCUAAAUGUACAUCACUUUUGGAACGGGUGGAAGUAGUUCUUGGUGUCAUUACAGAUGCUGAAUCGACGAAGAAGGUUUCUGAGGCUAUCCAAAUAGGUGCUCAAGCAAUCAAGGAACACAGGAUCAGUGUGGAAGAAGUUCAUCUCCAUCUUCAAGAGCUUGAUGAGCAAGUUGCUGCUCAAAAGCAAGUUGAGGAAGCCUUGGAAUCAAUGCCACUUCAGUCUAUGGAUAUUGAUGGUGAAGAUGUCGAAGAAGAGUUUAAGAUGCUGGAAAUGGAACUUGCAGACGAAAUGCCUCAGCCUCAAGUGGUGGAACCUGUUGCAAAAGGUGCAGAGGAAGUGAAGGCUCAAGAGUCUGUUGAUUCCCUGAGCAAAACUCUGUCAACUCUCAAUCUUGAGGCUGUUUAGUUCGUGCCUACUGGGCUUCUGAUCAUUUUGUCUGCAAUAUGUUUGACAGAAGAACAAAUCAUUUGCAGGCCUUUGUAGGGAACACAUUGUUAUGCAGAGAUUGUAAAAAAGGGUUCAUUGCAGUGUUUAUCUUAUGAUUUGCAGUUUCUCCUCCUUGUUAAGCAACCUCACAUGGGACGAUGCUAUCUUCUGGAUGCCCGCUUAGAAUUUUCUGAGGAAGUUGUAUUUGCUAAACUAUGUCAGAGAUUUAGCCUUGUGCCUGCAUGGAACAGUAUCCAGAAAAUGGUAUUUUGACAAGCCUG